AGAGAACAAAUGGAAGGCUAAAGCCUCAACCCCAAGCAUGCAAAACCAUAAAAGUGAAUGCAUGGAAAUUGGUAGCAAGAAAUGGUAGGUGAAAGAAGAAGAAGGAUUAUAGUUGCAGCCGGGUGAGUGUUGACUGAUAGGUUUCGAUCCUAGGUUAUAAAAGUAUCGGUCAGGAUUUUCUUAUUAGAUGCUAAUAAUGACAACUCAGAUUUAGAUACCUUCUUCCUUCGAGAGUAAGCAAAGAAAAGAGAAAGAAACUAUAUCCUAUAUCCUUUAGCGUAUCAUAAUAUAUGUAUUCUUAUUAGAAGAAGGAGGUGACUCUCUGCUCGAUUCUUGAAUCUCACUUUCCAACAAAACAAUCUGCAAAUCAUCCCAGGUCAAUAACCCUUUCGUUUCGGGGUCGUUGUUGUGGCAAAGAUACAUAUUCCAGUUCAGAAAUUCAGAGUCAAGAAGCAAUGCAUCAUGGUGGACCUGGACCAGGACCAGGGGGACCUGGAGGUCCUGGCUGGGGUCCUGGAGGGCCUCGUGGACCUGGUGGACCCUGGGGACCAGGGGGGCAUGGAGGACCUGGCUGGGGUCCUGGACCUGGUGGGUUUUUCGGAGGGUGUGCUGAUGGUAUAUGCGGCAUGAUUUCUUCUUUGUUCUAUUGCUUAUGCUGCUGUUGGUUGGUACAAGAUUGCUUUGGUGGGCCUCGUCCUUCAUAUGGUCCUCCACCGUUCUAAUCCACUACUUUGGCUUGGGUUUAUGGUUCAGAUCCUUUGUUUGACCCUACCUUAGAAGAACGGUUUCCUUUGUAAUAUAUAAUAUACUUCCGUAGGGAUCCGAAUCUCUUUUCAUUUCAUUACUUUUCUUAAGCUGUUGUUACUUAUUGUCUAAAUCUUAAUAAAUAGAACAGUUUACUGAUAA